GAUCUAGAUACGCAGGAGGACACAACUCUGUCACAUGUUAAGGCAGAGCAACACUGGCAUGGCAGAGCGUUAUACAAAUUAAUGUGUUUAUCUCCCUUUACCCAAAACUAAUAGUAAGCCAAGUGUAUUUGGAACGGGAUGUGUUUUUUUUUCUCUCUUGUUUUGGUUGUAUUCAGUGGAGUAGUGCAUGUCACUGGUGAAUAUUGUAGCACAACCGGCGAGUAACUUCAUUCACUCUAUACUAAUGAGUUAAUUGUCUACACUGGACAGUUAGAGAUUACAUUCACUGCAGCCACAGUCAUGGCACAGACAAUCAAGUCUCAGAGUGAAAGUAUUUACCAAGGAAACACACUGGAUGAAACGAUGAAUUUGGGACAUUCAUUCGAUGCUAUUGAAUUAAAAGAAAGGAGGUGCUCGAAUGACGAGAUAGAAGCUUCUCAAAGGGAAGAAAAAUCCAGUUCUACGUUUCAAGACACUCCCGGUGUCCAUGGUGCUGACAUAUUACAAAAUGUCUCCCACACCAUUGUACCACAACACGAGUAUGCAAUGUAUGCAGACAUGUAUCAACCAAAAUCGCAACACAUAGACUAUGACAAUCAUCACCUUGACAUUCAGUACUCCGACAUGCAUCACAUAGACAAAUCAGGCAGCGUAAACGUUCUGAAUACAAUUUACCCUUUAGACCAACCCAAAUCUGAUUCCAAAGAACCCACUGACUCAGAUUUGAAGCAUGUCAACAUUAAAGAGACAGCAGAUGGAGAUAUUCCCCUUAAAACAAAAGAUAUACAUUGUGUUAACCAGUUCAAUGCAGAACUUUCGAAUGAGCAGGAUUUCAAUGCUAAACAAGCUAUAGAUAUAACAAAAGACAAAGACACCCAUAGCCAACACUUUAGCCAGAAUACACCUAGCACUGGGGCACAUCAAGAGAAGGCCACCCCUUCACAAAACACUAAAACGCCUAGAUUUAUAUACGUGUUAUCUGCUCUUGCAACUAUUGGAGGAUUUCUUUUUGGCUAUGACAUUGGUAUAGUAGCCGGUUCAAUGCUGUUCAUUCAACCCUAUUUCAAGUUGUCAACGUUUUGGCAAGAAGCUACUGUCAGUGGUACUAUUGCGGCUGCUGCAGUGGCUGCCCUUCUUUCUGGAUGGCUGACGGACAAGAUUGGUAGAAAACUGACAAUAAUGACAUCAGGGGUCGUAUUUACCGCAGGAGGUGUUCUAAUGGGGGCUGCAACAACAAAAGAGAUUCUGUUGGUGGGUCGCAUUGUAGCUGGUCUGGGUGUAGGUUUGGCUUCGGUUGUCGUUCCUGUGUAUGUGGCGGAAUCUUCUCCAGUCAGCGAACGAGGUCGCUUGGUGUCGCUGCAUCAGCUGUUGAUCAACACAGGGAUCCUGGUCAGCAGUGUUCUCGCUGGAGGUUUCUCUUACGUAGUACCAGAAGGAUGGAGGUAUAUGUUAGGUCUGGCGGCUGUGCCUGGAACACUUCAGUUUAUUGGCUUCAUUUUCAUGCCGGAAUCCCCUCGUUGGCUUGUAAGCAGAGGUCGCAUUGACCAAGCCCGAGAAGUUCUGACCAGGAUGAGAGGACACCAGGACGUGGAGGAGGAGUUACAGGACAUCAUUCACACUGUUCAGGAAGCUAACAAGGACACUGCAGCUGGUUUCCAGCACUGGAUCAAGAUAUUUUCCACUCCCCAUGUCAGGAGAGCUCUACUAGUUGGAUGUGGUCUGUUGUUCUUCCAACAAUGGUGUGGCAUCAAUACAGUCAUAUAUUACAGUGGGACAGUCUUAAAAAUGGCCGGAUUUCCUGUAAAAUAUGCCGUCUGGCUAGUGACUGUACCUAACCUUAUCAAUUUUCUCUCAUCUCUGAUUGGAAUAUAUUUGGUUGAGAGAAUCGGUAGACGACCACUUCUCAUAGUGAGCCUUGCUGGUACUAUCAUUGGACUUGUCAUUUUGGCCAUAGGAUUUCAGAUUAAUGCCUUGAAUGCUGCAAGCCUUAACGGUACUAUUGUAGAGAGAGACGUUAAUGGUUCAAUCGUAGUCGAUUGUAUUAGUAAGUAUAGAACUUGCUUAGAUUGUGUGAGAGACAACUCGUGCGGCUACUGUUACACUGACAAAAAUGACGGUACUUGUCUCCCUUCGUUCGACGAAGAACGAUCUUCAGUAGGACGAUGCAAUUCGUCCACUAGUACUGAGACUUACUACAAGUGGUCGCUGGAGUACUGUCCUAGUGACUACACAUGGAUAGCUCUGCUAGGGAUGGCUGUUUUUGUCUUCGCUUUUGCCCCUGGCUUGGGUCCGAUGCCGUGGACAAUCACCUCAGAGAUCUACCCGUUGUGGGCUCGGAGCACGUGCAACUCACUCAGCGCGUGCACAGCCUGGGUGUGCAACCUGAUCAUCUCAUUCACAUUUCUGACCAUGACUGACCACAUAACAAUUCACGGAACGUUUUGGUUGUUUGCAGCCAUAACUUUAGUCGGCGUUAUAUUCAUGGUCAUCUUGUUGCCAGAGACAAAAAAUAAGACUCUAGAAGAGGUGGAACAGCUUUUUAUGACGCCGCGACAAAAAGGCAAUGAGGGGAAUCUAACAACAUCUUUAUGAAGAAAUUUAGUGUAAUUUUUUUUUUUGUAUUGAGAUGGCCAUCUACAAAACGCAAUAACAUUUGAAAAUACGAUAGAAGCUCUAAAAUUGUAAAGAAGAAAGUGUCAAGGUCAAUGUUGUUUUAAUUGUCUAAGCAAUAAAACAAACAAUAAAUAGUAAUAGAAGAUUCUGGUUCUUUCCUGUCAAUUGGAUAAGCAAAUUCGAGAGAAUAUUGGCCUAUAUAUAUAGAUGUAUACAGGGGACGACAGUUUAUACAUUGUAAGCAUUAAGUUAAGUCUACUUUUGUGAAUUCAUUAUAAAAAAAUAGUAUGUGUUAAUUGUGUGUAUUUUGUCAUUUCAGGAUUUUUUUUUGACAAAACUUCUAUCAACUUACUCUGUCUGUCUGGUAAAAAGUUUGUACGCGUUAUUUCUCCCACACCCAAUCUCGGAUCAAGCUGAAACUUUGCACAAUUCUUUCUU